AUGUCUUCUUCGUCCUCGUCCUUGGAAGCCCGCAGGCAAGAGAUUCUAGCCAAGCGUGAAAAACUCGCCGAGCUCAAGAGACAGCGUGCCAUACGCCAAAGGGAAUUUACAUCAACGCGACAGAGUGGAGAUGCAGCAGAGCUCAUCUCUCCCUCGCCCUCGCGUGCUAACAGCCGCGCAGACCUGGACCAGCUCAUCUCUACUCUAGUCGACCGUCCUGGCCGCUCCGCUCCUCGCGAUCAAGACUCUCCCACCACCUCUACCAACAUUGGCGCAAGCCGUCCCAGUUCCAUCUCGCUCGAUACCCCUUCCACCGCUGGAACUCCCGCUCCUCUCUCUGUCCCCAACCAGACUCUCUCCUUCACCGCCGUCUCAACACUUCUCAAUCAGCCCUCAGACCCCAAGCCUGAUGUCAUUACCUAUAGCAAGGGUGUCCAAACCAGCGAGCCUUGGUCGCCGCAACACAACCGUCAACUUUCCGACGAUGACUCGAGUUACUCUCCCUCAAGGACGCGAAAACGCUUGGGCAGAAGAGAGCGGGAAAGAGAUGAGGAGCUGAGACAGAACAUUCGCAAGGAGAUUGAGAACGAGUUGAAAUCGCUGAAGCUGUCGGAAGAUGCUGCUGCUACCAACGGCAAGGAAAACUUCCCUGCGCGCACCUUGACCCAUGAAGAGUUGGGCGCCGUGACGGCUUCGGACGACUUCCUGGACUUCAUCGAUCGCUCUACAAAGGUCAUCGAAAGAGCUCUGGACGAGGAGUACGAUGUGCUGGCUGACUAUGCUAUGCGCGGUGCAAACGGUCUGGACGACGACGAAGAGGACGGCCCAACUCGUACCACCAGAGGCCGUCGUGUGCGAGAGUUGAUGCAGUUUCAAGAUGACCGCUGGACAAAACGCCGCAUGAUCAGCGACCUUGACUACUCUGUCAAAUAUCCCGAACUGUUGCUGGCCUCUUACACCAAGGCUUCAAACUCUUCGCAGAGUGCCCCUGGCUUGGCUUUGGUUUGGAACGCACACAUGCCAUCUCAACCUGAAUACGUCUUCACCGCGACGAGCGACAUUCUCACUGCACGCUUCUCUCCUUAUCACCCUAGUCUUGUGCUAGGUGGCACAUACUCUGGACAAGUCUGUCUAUGGGACAUUCGCCAACGUUCUCACGAUGGUGCGCCAGUGCAACGCACACCCCUGGCCGGCGAAAAGGGAGGUCAUGCCCAUCCUAUCUACAGUGUCGCAGUAGUCGGCACCCAGAAUGCCAGCAGCAUCGUCAGUAUCAGUACCGAUGGCACUACUUGCGCUUGGUCAUUCGAUAUGCUAUCAAAGCCCCAAGAAUACCUUGAGCUCGCCUCGCCCGUUGGACGUAAUCGCACAGAAGACAUCGCUCCAUCAUGUAUCAGUUUUCCCAAGGCGGAUCCGACCUACUUCUUGGCCGGUACUGAAGAAGGUGCGAUUGUGCCAGUCCACAGAUACGACCGUGCUGGUGCAAAGGCUGGUGUCGACCCGCGUGUGUACUACACGGGCCAUGCCGCGCCCGUCACAGGUCUUGACUUCCAUCCUAGCAAAGGAAAGGUUGAUCUCGGAGAUCUUGCUAUCAGUUCAUCUCUCGAUUGGAGUGUCAAGAUCUGGCGUGUCAAGCCUCCGAGUACCGCUGUAACUACUGCCGGAGUCGGUACAGCUGCUGGCUCACCAGAGAAGCCUCUGCUAGAGAUCAUGCGUGAAGACGUCAUCUACGAUGUCAAAUGGUCGCCGACCAAGCCAGGUGUCUUUGGUUGUGUUGAUGGCGCAGGUAGAUUGGAGAUCUUUGAUAUCAAUGUUGAUGUGGAGGUGCCGGUUGCACGAACUCAGCCAAGCCACACCCAAGGGGACGUGUUUGGCGUGAAGAGCUUGAACAGGCUGGCUUGGGAACACAACGAAGGCAAGCGAGUUGCCGUGGGUGGCCUUGAUGGCAUUGCAACAGUCUUCGAAGUAGGCAGCGAUCUCGGUGGACUGGAGGGAAACAACAAGGGUGAAGACUGGUUUGGUGUCAAGCGAUUGAUCUCGAGACUCGACAGGUCACGAGAUGGUAAUGAUGGCCGAUGA